UCUAAAAAAAAAGUAAACCGACAAGACCACGAGCAGGAGUUGUGGAUUCUCACCAGACACCAUGGCAACCGGUUCCCUGCUCCUGCUGCUCUUUGUCCUCAACGGAGCCGGUGGUUCUCUUAUCGUCGGAGGCCGGGAUGCCGCUCCGCAGUCGCGCCCCUACAUGGCCUCGCUGCAACUCAGAGGGCGCCACAGCUGCGGGGGGGCCCUGGUGAGAGAGGACUUCGUGCUCACGGCCGCCCAUUGCCAGAUACGCAGGCCGUACACAGUUGUUCUCGGAGUCGGCUCCCUGACCGCUAACGAGACGACGAAGCAGGAGUUCAGCGCCGUCCGAUCCUUCCCACAUCCCAGCUACGACGGACAUGCGAAUGACAUCAUGCUCAUCAGGCUCAACCGUCGAGCCCAACUGACGGCAGCGGUGCGGCUGAUCUCUCCGAAGAGGGGCCGGCUGAAUGCCUCAAGCCGGUGCAUCACCGCCGGCUGGGGGGACGUAGGGGACAACGGCACCUUACCCAACCGGCUCCAGGAGGUCAACGUGACCCUCCUGCGGCGGAGGAUGUGUCGUCGCCGAUGGGCCGGCGUUCCCAUCACCAGGACGAUGGUUUGCGGCACGGGGGCCCGCAUGUUCCAGGGCUUCUGCUCGGGGGAUUCAGGUGGUCCGUUGGUGUGCGAUGGAGAGGCGGCGGGCGUCGUCUCCUUCUCUGGACGCCAAUGCGGAAACCCCAGGACCCCCGAUGUCUACACGCGCAUCGCGUCCUUCAGACGAUGGAUCGCAUCCGUGUUAAGAGACAAUCCGGCUGAUUAGAUUAAACUGGUAAUAUGUCAGCAUGCUCGAUUGGGAUCUAAUUUUCCAAUCAGGCCCUUUUUUAAUAUACAAGCAUGUGAAGUCAUGUUUUAUCUCUGGUGAAUGAAAUGAGGUGAUACAUUGUGUUUUUGUUAUAAAUAAAAAGCAUGCAAAAAAAUUA